AUGUCUUCAGCCAUGAUGUGCGAUGGUAUGGGCGAAGAAGGCAACUGGGGGCCUUGCUCUCCUUGCAUGCCUGUGACUGCGGAGCUGCCACCGUCUGUCUUGCUCCGGAGAUACUCUCCGACAACGUUUCAAGCUGAUCUGGGGGGCGAUAGAGAGAGUGUAGACGAUUCUUGUGCUGAGGAGCGGAGCGGUGAAGACGGCAUUCCCUGCGAGCCUGCAGCGGUGACGAGCGACCUGCAAGAGAACUUGAAUGAGGGGGAAGAUGAAGAGUCGAAUGUCACUGCGUCCAAAGUGUGGGGUUUACAGGAGCGAGAGCCUCUUGCUCCUGAUGACGACGAGCAAACUGACGUUACCAUGGGGGCGACUGAAGAUGUGCUCGACUUCGUUUUGUGA